GCCACUUUAUUAGGUACAUCUGUUUAACAGCUUGUUAACACAAAUAUCUAUUAAGCCGAUCAGAUGGCAGCACCUCAUAUUCUUUAGUCAUGUAGACAUGGUCAAACUGACCAGCUGAUGUUUAAACUGAGCAUCAUGAUGGAGAAGAAAUGUGAUUUAAGUUGCUUCCACUGUUGUUUGUGCCGGACAGGCUGGUCUGAAUAUUUCAAAGACUGCUCAUAAUCUGGGAUUUUAACCGUCUGUAGAGUUGAAGCAGAUGUCCUGUGUACCUAAUAAAGUGGCAGAUGGAUCGCUCUGCAUAUAACCUGUUCUUUUCAAGUUCUUCUUCUGCUGAGGUUCAUGUGGUGCCUCUACUAAAUAAAACCUCUGAUGCAGUCAGCACAAAGCUCGGAAUUAAGUAAUCUACCAACUGUGUGUGUGUGUGUCUGCUGGUGCUGCCCUCCUAACUAACCGGGCCCCUGGCCCUCAUUAUGUGACCUGUUGCUCUACACAGCAGAGUUAAUUACACACACACACACACACACACACUUCAGGCAUGAAUUAUCACCUCUCAUGCACCCUGCACAGAGAGGCGCCGGUGGUCUGCGCUGUCACUCACACUGUUUAAAGUGAAAUAACAGAAACAACUUUAUUAGCCAGGACUCAUCGACAGUGCAGAAACACACACACACACACACACAGUGAAAAACACAGUCAAUGGCUGCAGAUUCCCAGUGUUUGUUGGCACAUGUAAUGUAGGAUGGGAGGUAUUUGUGGCAACUUAUUAUCCCCUCAGAUCAAAGCGGGAUCUGCGUCUAAGCCGGAGAUAGUGUACCUGCUCGAGGAUGAGGUCUGUUGUCAACUCCUCUGGGAAAAUGUAAGAUGGGUGGUCCAGUCUGGCGCUGUAGUGUUCUGUCUCACCUUGACCCUGUACCAACUCCCACUAGUUCCAUCCAGCCCAAUUGUUUCUUCAUCUGGAGCAAAAUCUGCCUUUCAGGGAAAUGCCAUAUGUCUUAUCUAUCGCUGGCUGAGAGCAUGUCGUAUGACUUUUAGGGAGGGGAUACUGUAGAUGCUGAUAAAGCUGUGGGAAAUUAAAUAUUACGCUGGCGAUGAAAGGAUUUUGCUCCUGUGAAGCAUAUGCCGGCUGCUCUUUCAUCUUUCUGUUUCAUCUCUCUCUUUCAGACGACUGGAAGAAAAACAGACUUUAGCUGUCCUGGACCUGCCUCCAUGUCUUCCCAUUUUAUCAUCACCUAUCGUCAUCUGCCCUCCACUUAAUUGUAGCUCCAUUCAUAUCACUUUCUGUCAAAUUUAAGUCUUGAGCAUAGUCAUUUUCACUCAAUGCUCUCGCCAUUCUAACUCCAUCCAUCACAGGAUCGUCGAUAGCUGUGUGAAAAGCUGUAAUCACUUCCAAAUCGAGAACCUAUCAAACUUCUCCUCAAUUUCUUCUUAAUCUUCCUUCAAUAUCCUCAUAUAAAGUCUGUAGUCCCAUCCCAUCCCCUUCUCGGUCGGGCCCGGCCAGUUGAGAUCAGUAUGUGGUCCAACUUCUUCGUGCAGCAGGAUGAGGAGGGUCGUCACGGUGUGGCAGGGGCUGGACAAGGGGGAAUGGGUGGAAUGAAAGGAGGACGGGGACAGAGGCGACCCCCCAAGAUGAGCGACAGCCAGGAGGGGAAGAUCAAGCUGGCCUUCUUUGUCGCCAUCAUCGGCGUGACCCUGACAGUGUUGGGCAUGGGGACAGAGUUUUGGGCAGUGCUGGCCCAACCAAAGAAUUUCAGCGGCAACCAGACGUGCCAGAUGGCCCAUUACGGCCUUUGGAAGGGCUGCAUCCGCACACUAUGGGUGGCCGAUAUAGACCCAGAGAGGUUGAGCUGCGGCCCUGCUGAACUACCUGGAGAAUCCAACUGCACCUACUUCAAAUUCUUCACCUCUGGGGAGAAUGCAGUUAUAUUCAAGAAGACGACUAACAAGACCCUAAAUCUCGCAGCAGCUAUCUUGGCUCUUUUGAGUCUGACCAUGAUGGUCAUGGGCUCCAUCUGCAUCGCCAUGUCCCUGAGCAAAGGAGUGCAGUUCUUUCUUAAGCCGGCCUCCUUCUGUUUCAUCCUAUCAGGUGCCCUGGUCCUUCUCUCCAUCCUGAUAUUCCACCAGUCAGUGCUGGCCUUGUUGUCCAGUGACCACUCCAUACCUUUACACCAUGAACUGUCCUGGUCAGUGGCCUGCGUGGGCGCAGCGGGGGUCACUCUUAUUUUCGGAGGCGUCCUCUUCAUCAUCCUCUCUCUUCCUUUCAGCCCGUGGCAGAGAUGCUUCCCACACAAAAACAGCAGCACCUAGCAUUUAAACACUGAGACAUACAUUACACCACAAACAUACAGUACAUGAAGUCGUUUUUUUUUUGUAAUGUUUUUGCUUAACAGUUAGUGAAGUGCAAAGAGAGCCGCGACAUUUAAUUUGUCCGGGGAGUCAUCAGAGGUCUUAAACGUUUGGAGGAAAAGUCAUUUGGUAGAAAACAGUUGGAAGAAGUGACAAUGCUACAACUGCCUGUGGUGUGUUUACUUCAGUUUACUUCAAUUACUUUCAAGUUUAAGGAAUUCAUUUUUAUACUAUCUAACUUUUUAUAGGGGGCUUGAACCAUGAAAGCCUAUUUCUGCCAAGGAAACAAAUAAAAAGUGAGUUAUACACUAUAGCAGUUGUUUUUAAAUCAAUGGAAUGGAUGAAACUCCGUGUUUGUUUUCUUUCAAAAACAUCGCAAAUCACAGUUGAGGAAUUCAUCUGUUUUAUGACUUGACAAUGCCAUGACUAAAGGUUAGUUAGUGUGCUAGUUAAACUUGGUUAAGAUAGCAGGAUUGAGUUCAAAUAUGCACAUGUUGACAAAACACUGUGGUUUGUGACAUUUCUACAAUAAGACACAUGAGGAAAGUUUGACAAGAGACAGACAACUGGUUCAUUUUCAUAUUUGGUUGAGUCAUCCAUUCACUGCCACUGUAUUUGCUAUACUACAGGUUUUUGACACACACUUUCAAAACUCUGACUCACUAUGUAUUUUUUUUUUUAUCAUUCACAACCUUUCAUGUGUUAUUUUUCUUUUCCUGGCACAAAUGAGAAUUCUAGCACGUGCACGUGCAUCAGGAUGUGUCAUCAUCAUCAUCAGUGUAGCAACAACAUGUUGACGAUAAUAUUAGGAAUCAGUGUGAAUGAUGUCUCCAUCACAAAGAAGUGUCAUGUCACGUGUGCUACAUAAUAUUCUAGCAGUCAGUGGCAUUGGUCAUUUAUAUUUAUUACCCACGUCUGUUGUACAAAUUAUUGGACGAAUGCUGCUUCAGUAAAUGAAUAUAAGGUGAAUUAAAUCAACUGUGAGAAGAAUUGUAUAUGGACUCACUUAAUAAGCUCAGAUCUGUAUAUAACAUAAAUGUGUCUAUUUUUGGUGAAUGGUCGCCGUUUGUCGAGUUGUCAAUGUAUUUGCAAUAUGUGUCACACAGUAAGCUCAUUUCAUGCUAUUUUACAGAAUACACUGUGCUUGUUUCUAUUCAUACAUAUAUAUAUACUGUAUAUACAUAUAUAUAAAUUCAGUAUAUGGUAUGAUGUCUGCUUUUCAUUAAAGGGAUUUGACAUAAGA